AUGUCUUACUUUGCAUCUCAACCAGCUGGGCACUUAGUUCCAGGCACCAGUGGGCUCGAGCAGAGGAGCCGGCCAGCUGAAACUUCUGGCGAAGGGCGAGAGAGACCUUCAGGCUCUCGGGUGUCUGCAGAGGGCCAGCUGGAGGGCGGAACCACGGAGGGUGACCGGGGGCGGCCCUUCCCAGAGGGGUCGGCGCCACUGGAGAAGAGGCAGCCGCAGCAGUCGGAGGGAGAGAAACAGCAGCCUCAGCCAGGAGGCUCCAGGAAGAGGGGGCGCGCUGGGGAGAGGCGUGUCAAGGGCGCGACCAAGAGGCGCGGCCGCAGGAAGGGGCGGAAGGCGGCGCAGGGCGAGGAGGAGUCGACGUCGGCGUCGCUCUCCACCACGGAGGGCAGCUGCAGCGGAAGCGCCAGCGACGACGAAGGCGAGAUGGAGGAAGAGAUGGAGGGGGAGGCGGAAGAAGAGGGCGGCAGCGCCAGCGUGAGCGCGAGCGGCUGCGAGCAGCAGAAUGGUGUGCCCAGCUCCGGCUCCCACACGCACGGCGACACCAGCUCCUCGUCCACUCAGUCGAGCGCGUUCAGGGCCCGCCUGGCGUGGCUGCACGCCGCCGAGCGGGGGUCCGCCGACAGCUGGCAGCAAUAA